AUGAAGGGCCGUCCCGUUGACCUGCUCGUUUACGAGUGCAUGUUCCCUCGUCCCAAGAACAACGACCCUCAGAACUUCCAUGGUCUGCUCCAACGCAACUUGAUCCCAGAGGUUCGUCAGGAAACACACGCUUUCUACGGCCACCUCGACACCCAGGAAGCCAAGUACCCCGGCCUCGACUACACUCACCACACCCAUCGCAUUCGUCUCUCUCGCUGGCCAUGGCACCGACGACUCUUCCGCGCCUUCGACAGCCUCAAACUCACCGGAGCCGAAAUCGCAGGCUUGACCAAGUGGGAGGGGACAAAAUGGGCCAAGGAGAAGUACGAGAAGGAGCAGGGAUAUGUUAUUCAUGACACCACCGCCGACGAUUUCCCUGACUGGGCCGAUAUCGAACACCUGCCCCGCGCCAACCGAGAUCAGUCCGUCGAGGUGGAAGGCGUUGCUAUUGACGAUUUGUACAACGAAAUGAUGGAGGUCGAGAGCGAGGACGAGCUGGAUAGUGUGGGUGUCGAACUGAAUGAGCGCCUCAGGGACGGUGUUGCGAGACGUGAUGCCGGAGACACUUCAGCUGUCCUCGACGAGGAAUGGGAGCAGUGGCUAAAGAACGCCAUUGAAUCUGGUGAAAUCAACUACUUGAACGACCACAUCUUUCACGACAGCGACACUGUCCCUGCAGCUCUCUUCCCUCCAGGCUUGCUCAGCACUGCCCGAGCUGGCCAAUGGCAUGAGAUCCCCGAAUCUCUUCACCGCAUCCUCCGCCGCACGCUGCAGUCAGAGGACCCCAAUCGUCCCCAACAGACGCAGACACCGAUGCAGACACUACCACAACAACCGCAACCACAGACAUCGAGCCUGCGCUCUACAUCCUCCCUGCGGCGCCACCUGAUUGACAACCGGCAGUGGCGUGCUUCAUGGACACGUCGCACCUUUUCAGAUCUCCGUCUGCCUGUGGGCGAUGCUAGUUCAGGACGAGCAGAUAAUUCCAAUGCUUGA